AUGAGAACCCUCACCCUCCUUGCUGCCAUUCUCCUGCUGGUCCUCCAGGCCCAGGCUGAGCCAGUCAGACAAACAGAUGAUGAUAUUCCAGCCCAGGAUGAGGCUGAAACAGGGGACCAGUAUGUGGCGAUCUCCUUUGCAGGAGACAAACGCUCAGCCCAAGGAGCUUCAGGCCUACUGAAGAGAAAUGUUUGCUACUGCAGAAGAGGAUGCUGUCAUUUAAGAGAACGCAACUCUGGGACUUGCACCAUCAAAGGUUCUCGCCACACAGUUUGCUGUCUCUGA